GAGAGACACAGAAAGAGAGAGAGAGAGAGAGAGAGGUUGGGUGUGGUGUGUUACUACCUAACCUCGCUGGCUUACUUCCCCAUGAAAAAUGUUCUGCAAAAAUCUAAACUCAGCAACAGCAGACACACACUCAGCAUCACUGGCACCCAGGGUGUGUGUUGUGCACAGGCAGAGAGCUCCAGUGGUUAGAGUGUGCUGAUAGCCUGUUUGAUCGCAGGAGUUCCACACUAAUUCCCGUACAGCUCGUACCAGCUCGUACCAGCUCGGUUCAACCUGUUCUCACCCACUGCCUUGAUCUUGGCCAGCUCAGUUGUCGCAAUGAGUAUCUUGUCCUCUCUUACUUCCCCCACCUCCUGCCCUCACUUGUACCAGUUACUCAGUCACCCCGGUAAUACUACCGCUGCAGCCAGUGGGAUUAGCCAUGUGAUCCUGCGGCAUUAUAACCACACCGGCCGCCUGCAGAACAGGACCAUCUCAGACAGUCAGAACCACAUCAGUACCGCCACGGCCGCUUUCCUCUUCUUCAGCAUUUUCAUCAUCCUGGAGAAUUUCCUGGUGCUGGUGGCCGUCAUAUCCCGCAUCCGCCACAGCCGGCGCUGGGUUUAUGUCUGCAUUGCCAACAUCACACUCAGUGAUCUCCUGACUGGUACUGCCUACCUUGUCAACAUCUGUAUGUCUGGCAACCAGACUUUUCGUCUCACCCCUGCUCUGUGGCUCUUCAGGGAGGGCAUGCUGUUUGUGGCCCUGGCAGCAUCUAUAUUCAGUUUGCUACUGAUUGCAGUGGAGCGUUACACCACCAUGAUGAAACCACUGCCGCAGAAGUCCACCACGAAGACCUACUAUCGGAUCUAUGGGUUGGUGGCGCUUUGCUGGGUCAUGGCGCUCGUGAUUGGCUUCCUCCCCUUGCUGGGCUGGAACUGUGUGUGCAGCCUGGAAGGAUGCUCCACCCUCCUCCCUCUCUAUUCCAAGACCUACAUCUUUUUCUCCCUCAUCAUCUUCUUCCUCAUCCUCUUGGCAAUUGGCGUGCUCUACGGUGCCAUCUACUGCCACGUGCACAAGAGCACUCAGCUGGGUCCCCAACGCAGCCGCAAGCGCUCCUUGGCUCUUCUUAAGACUGUCAUCACCAUUGUCGGGGUCUUCUUGGUCUGCUGGGGGCCACUGUUCAUGCUGUUAAUGGUGGAUUUCUUCUGUUCAUCACGUCAGUGCGCACUGCUGUACAGCGCUGACUUUUGCAUCGCCCUGGCUAUCCUUAACUCAGCUCUGAAUCCCAUCAUCUACGCCCUGGGCAGCAGCGACAUGAGGAAGGCUAUUGCUGAGCUACUGUGCUGCUGCUGCCUAAAGGUCGGCCUCUGUCACCCAGACAAAUUCACAUCCAAGGAGACCAGCAGCACCUCAGAGAGCAGGAGGGACAGUCUGAGAAACAGCUUUAACAAGGUCCGGAGUUUGAGCUUGGUCUCCCCACCGUCAACCCCAAGCAAGCCUCGCAGGGCACCCAGAAAAUCUAGGCUGAGCACCACCACCAGCUGCCUGUCGGUUUCCAGUGGUUAAACCACAAUGUGCUCCCCUCCCAAGCAAACAAGACCUGUGUGCAAUGACACACAUCUAACGGUUUCCUCUGAGUUUUGGUUUGAAUGUUCACUGUUAGACUGAAAGUGACUGCACUGACGAUUACACACACCAGAAAACCUAAUUAAAAUGUGAAUGUAUCCUUAAAAGUACAAACGUUACAAUAAUAAAAUAAUAAUCUUGUAGUAGUCAGCAAUAUCACACAAGGGCAUCUUUUUUAUCACCAACCAUUCCUGUUUUCAUACUGUUUGGCAUUUUUUGAACAUUUUACACAAUUACUGUAGAGUUUGUCUUUGAAAUGUACUUAUUUACUGAUAAGAAAUAUAUAUAUAUAUUUCAUUAUAAUUGUAUAACAAUGUGUACAUAAGUUUAUUGCACUGUAACUUGAUGUCAUUUUGUAUUAAACCCAGAGAAAAGCAUAAUUAAAGUUUAUUUUACCGUA